AGCUUACACUUUUCAUAUUUGUCUAUUCGGCCCUAGCUUUUGGAGGUGCUCGGGAGCAAACCGUGUAUUCUGUGUGUGCACUUCGAAGAAAAAUCAAAAGAACCAAAAACCGUUUGAACCGACUAUUUUGCGCGGAAUUUUUAUUGGAAUAACGAAAUUUGCAAAUAGAAAAAAGGUGAACUAACAAAACAUAAACAAAACACAUAGAUUCGCAGCAUCAACAAAAAAUAAAAUAAAAUUGAAAGUAAGGCAACUGGAGCACGCUAUCGACAAAGUGCAUUUCGGGCUCAGGAUCCGAGAGACAGUUUUGUGAUAACCGGGUUUGUUAGUGGAUAAAAAUUCACUAUUGGACAUGGAGAGAAUAAAAUAAGUUUAGUUCAUUUAGUAAACAAGUGAUUUGCGCAGAACUUGCCGCGUUUUUGCGGCACUGAACCAGUAGCGUUGUGCAACGAACAAGUGAACAGUGUGAUCCGGAACCUCAAGAUUACGCCAAGUAGCUUCCAAGGGUGGCGGGAUAUCCAUUUUCAGAAUCUUGGACCAUUCUAACCGUAACAUAAGAAUCAUUGGAAGGAAAUUCUGUGUGUGAUCCUGAGAUAUACGAUUACCUACGAUAGUUUUUAUAUAGUGAACAGCCAUCCUUCACAAACCAGUGCUAAGUUAAAGUAAAACGAGCAGAAGAAAAACCGAACAAAAAAAAAACAGCAUAAACCUAGCUUCUGUUCUGCUUUGGGGGUGUUGCACUUUUUCCUCCCCUAACACAGACACACAUCAGCAGCCCACUAACGUUCAGUGCCUCGUCCGCCUGGUGGGUGCUGCAGGAGAAAUCUGAGUUUUCCGAGUUUGCACAAGUGCAAGGGUGCAACCGGCAGUUCGUUUUCGUGCAGCAAUCGAGGAAGUUGUAAACCUGAAUUCCGGACCCCGCCAGGCCUUGGCGCAGAAACGCAAGCUGUUCAAUUGAACAUCCUCCCGUGGGAUGGCAAGUGGUUUUGGAAGUUGAAUGAUAGAAAAAAAUUUCCAUGUGAAGUUCUAAGGAUAGCAAUUUGGCGGUUUUCUUUGGUUUCGCGAAAAAAAAGUUUCGGCAUAAAAAGUGGUGAAAAUUCACAAAUUUCGGAUUUUUUUAAGUUGUACGAAAAGAGAAAAAAAAAGCGAAUAGAAGGUAGUCAACGGAACUUGUCUACGGAGCAGUUAAAUUCAAGAGUUUGUAAAGCAAACGAAGAAAUCGUAGAUUUAUAGUCGAACAGCAAAAUUUAGCAGUGUGUAUAAAAGUGUACAUUUUGGAAGUGAAUAAGUUUAAAAUUAAUCAUUAGAUUGCUAUAAUCACGAGAGGGAAUUAAGAACAUACAAUUUCCAGCUAGUUUAUGUUAGGGAAAAAAAUGUUCAAUAAAACCAGUAAGGUCAAGUGCUCGCCGAUGAAAUUCUCGCAUAAAAUUAUCAGUUCUGCAGGAAGCUGCAUCAACCGCAGCGGCAGCAGCAGCAGCAGUAGCAUCAGUCGCAGCAGCAACGGCAUUUACAUGAACGUCCAGCGUUGCAGCAGCCGCAGUUUUCAAUGAAUGGCUAAUAUCCAACCGGAAGUUGCCAAGGAACAACCAACCCGACCAAAAUUACAAAUGUGAAGCUCGAUGUAGAACUUUUCGAUCGAAAAACAUAACGUAGAAGCACACCUUUCGGUUCAAAAUUAACAUUUUCGGCUUAGUAAAAGAACGCAAACGCGGUACAGUUUGAUAUCAAAAUUUCUCUAAACAGAAAUCUAUUUUGAAAACGAAAAUACACCCAAAACAAACGAAGUUUAUCAAUUGGUUAUCAAAAAAAAAUCAUCCAAAAGUUUUAGUAGAGCUCUGCGCUUGUUUCGGUUCGCGUUGACAAAAUAGACGGGCUUUCGAAAAUACGAGUGCAGCUGUUCGAGAUUUUGUGAAGAUUUGCAGUAAUUUUCGAAAAGAUUCUAACAGCGCAAGUGACAGAUUGUCAACAGUAGCAACGACAGCAGAAACAGCAUCAGAGUUAGCAUCUCUGCCACCACCGUCCUUCAAAACGCCACGCUGAACGCAACUCACCCGACAGCCACAAUGGAUCAGCAGCAGUACUGUCUCAAAUGGAGCAACUACUCGUCGAAUCUGGCGGCCGCUUUUUCCAACCUGUUCGAUUCGGCAACGCUGACAGAUGUCACGCUAGUCUGUGGAGGAACCAUCUUCAAUGCUCAUAAGGUCAUCCUAGCGGCUUGCUCAAAAAACUUUGCCGAUCUGUUCGAGCGAGCUCCGGUUGGCACAGGACAGAUAUGUGUCAUGCUGGAGGCCACCUCGGCCGACAACAUGCACGCUCUGCUCGAGUUCAUGUACAAAGGCGAAGUGCACGUGUCACAGAAAGCGCUGGAAAGCUUUCUGAAAGCUGCUGAGAAUUUGCAGGUCAAAGGUCUCACGACAGAGCACGGUAAAUUUGCCAGUGCGAAUGCGGCCCAGCAGCAAACACCCAACAACCUGCCAUCACCGGCGGCUCGCCGGCAGCAAAGAAACUCGUUGUCAGCGUCGCUCGAGUCCAUCAAUCGGGUUGUCAAAAAUGAAUCACUGGCCGGAAGUGGCGGAGGAGGAGGUGGCGGUGGGAGUACGACGCCGAAUUUUUCGUCCUACCUGCAACCGUCCUAUCUGCCGCAACCAUAUGAAUCCUCCCGCAAACGUUCGAUCCGCAGUCCGUUCUACGAGCACCAGGAAGCGACCAGGGGCAGCGUACUGCGGGAUGGCAAGGCUAGCGUUGGCAACGAUAGUCCAGUGAGUGGUAGCAAAAACUAUCGACCCUCGAGCAGUGGUUCAUCGGCAGCGCCCACGGAAGCGGACACGGUACACACGGAUCGGGAUUCCCCGCAGCAGUCAAAUCGCUAUGAAAACCAUAGUCCCAGCACGACACAUCACGGUAACGGAAAUGGACCGGUCUCAUCGAACACGCUAGAACGGGAUGAACGAAGCGAACGAGCGUUAUCCGAGGACAAGCUGAAAACUGACAUCAGGGAAAGUAACGAGGCCGGAGCUGAGGAUCUACGAGUGAAAAUGGAAAUACGACCGAUUCAAUCGCCCCUGACUUCCUCCGCACCGGCAACGCCAACGACGCCCGUGGGAUUCAUCAACGUGAAGGGUGGUCUACCGGGUGGACUUGACGGAUCGAUUCCUUCGGUGGAUGUGCUAACGAUGUUGGGUGCUCAACGGGCCGGUGUAACCGCUGCUGAUGGUUCCCUUCCGCCAGGCAAGAAGCUUCAGUGCCAUCUCUGUGAUCGCCAGUACGGCUACGAGACGAAUCUACGAGCACACAUCCGGCAACGACAUCAGGGUAUCCGCGUGCCAUGUCCCUUCUGCAGUCGAACGUUCACCCGUAAUAACACGGUUCGGCGGCACGUGGCGCGGGAACACAAACAGCAAGAGCAGUACAUGCAGAACCAGCUACACAGCUAAGAUGUUGCCACUGGCUGACAAAUAGAACAGAACGUCAAACGAAUUAAUUAAUUGCCAGCAGAAGAAAAAAAAUCAGCCGUAUAGAGAAACAAAUAAGCUAACUCGCGAGCAAACUAAAGCUAAUCAGGUGAUAGGGAAGGAAAGUUGAAAUCCGAAAAUUAUUUCGCAAACAAACUCUGAAAUAAACAACACCAUAAUGAACUGUGCAGUGCGUGUGGGCACACGAAAUUGGCUCUGCGAAAAUAAAAACCGAAACAGCGAUUCAGCGGAUGGUGGUCGAAACAACCCCUUCGCCAUAUUUUGAGAUGUAUUUCACGCUAGCCAUUGGAAAGUGACACAAACGCUGGAAACUGUAAACUUCAAUCCAGUCUUAGAUUACCAAUGUUACCGGAUGCAACAUGAUUGCAAUAUUUAAGUUUUUCGUUUAUUCUUAGCUUCCGUCGAAGUUUAUUACUCCUUUUUCAUCAAAGUUCCUCUUUUUAAAACAACUGUACUGAAUUUCUCAUUUUUGUGUGACCACUCCUCUUGUGAACUAGUUGGAGGGCUCACAGCAUUCUUUCAAAAUUUAAUAAUGAAAGAUAAACUUAAUCACCACAAGUGUCAUUAUUUAAUAUUUUAAAGAAGAUAAAUCAUAGUUGAAGUAUAACAAUUCACAAACGUAACUGAUACAAGAUAUUUGAUGUUUAAUUUCUUUGUGCAAGUGAACUACACAGAUUUAUAUCAAUGGAUGAUAGUUUUCUCACACAACACAAGUUACAAGUAAAUGAAAGUAAUAGAAGAGAAAUAAAUUAUGAAUAUGAAUAUACAAAGUACCUGCUGAUAAUAAGAAAUCAUAGUUUAAUGAGAAAUAUUUAAAUAUAAAUAUACGGAUAAAUAUUCAAAUAUAUUGUAACAUAAGUGCGGUUGCAGUAAACAGAGGACUCACGUUGAACAGAUCUACUUGCUAGACAAAAGACAUUUCAAUUAUUCAGUGGUGAUGGAAGAAGGACAGCAACUAAGUAUAGCGCAAAUACUUGAUCUGAAAAAUAAAAACACAAACUCAUACACACCAAGCACAGCACAGCCGGACAAAGAAAACAGAAGAAAAUGAUUCAAUAUUUUCUACAGUUUGUUUUGUCUAAUAGCUGACACUUUUUGAAGUACUGCUAAAAUAGUAUAAAACUGGGUGCCUACUUAUAGAAACUACUAGUACUACUACUACUACUACUACUUACCUACUAUUGUUGCUGCAGCUAGUACUACUACUACUACUACUACUACUACUACUACUACAACCGUUGCUCUAUUACCGCUUGAUAGAGCACACACGAUAGUAAAAUCAAUAGAACAAGUUACUUGUUACAUUCGAUUGAUCUCAGUUUAGGAACUCUUUAACAGAUAGAAACAAUAGUAUCGAUAGAAUAUCAACAUUAAGCACCCUUUUGUACCAGCUAGCAAUGUUUCAUUUUGCCUCGCUACUAAAAUGACAGCAUCCAUGCGUAGACGCCUCGUUACUCGUCGUCGUCGUCAUCAUCAUCAUCACCAUCGGAUGCUGGCAAGUUUAAGUAACUAUUUUUGUUUUGGCUUCUAGCCGCCUUAAUCAUCCCAAUGAAAAAGCAAAUUUAGGCGCAAAAUACAUCUCAAAAUUUGUAAGCAACUGUUUGAAUGGUGAUCGCGUUGCUCAGAAGGCGUUUAACGGUAAACGUGCGCGCGGUACCAGUUUUUGUUCGUUGUCAGUGGCGAUAGAGUCCAAACAGAACGAAUCGAAAGGAUUUUGAUUUUUCCACGAGUUUUUGUUUGCCUAUUUGAGAAGCACGAAGCAUAACCGAGAAUCAAAUCAAAACUAAUGUGCUCAUAUUAAUGUAUAAGUUUGAAGCAGAAAAAUUAAACGAAAAGAGCGAAUGAAGAUCCCGGGUCUCUGGGAAAUAAGACAAGCAGGAGUCGUUCUAAAAACACAAGCAAUUGAAUUGAAGAGGAAUCUGCCUGAAGAUUGCUUUUAAAGUUACACAUUUUUCCGUUAGAAAGUUUUUCUGUUAGAACACGUCAACCGAAGUUACCUAUAGCGAGACAGCAAGAUUUUUAUUUGCGCUACAAAGAUGCUAAAUAACACAUUUCUUUACGUUUUUUUUACGUUGAUAAAUCAUGUAAGUAGUAGGAAGUUAACACAGCUAUACGAUAUCAGAAUGCAAUAUUAUGCCCGAUGCUCGGUGUUAAACUCGGCCUCUGGCAUCGUUGUAGGAUUUUACAGUACAGAUUAAUCAAAAGCUAUUUAAUUUAUUUAAGCCAUAUUUAUUUGUUCUUUUUUCCAUGCGAAGAAAACCCGUGUUUGCGAGCAUUGUUUACUUCUGGCGAAGCUUCCAUCUAGCUCAAUUUUUUUAAAGUUUCAAUGCAGUUGAAGGACGGGAUAAAUAUGAGUUGUUCAUAGUUAAACAGAAACAAAUAGGUGAAAUGAAACAAUAAUAGUGAUAUUUAAAGGUAAAAAAGUGUACCCUUAUUGAAAUAGACUCAACAUUACAUAACGAGUGAUCCAAAAGGAUCCAGUAAUAGCAGGAAUAGAUACAAAUCCUACAACUACAAGGAAGAAAAGUUUUAAUUUUGUUCAGAAUAUACCAGGAUCUUUGUCAGUUGAGAACGGAAAUUUCGACAGUCAAGGCUUUUGGUCUGUUUCCGUGAUGCUGCUGUUUAUUUUGAAUACUGCCAGUAAAUGGUCACCGAAUACCUCUUUUUCGCGUUUUUCUGUAUUUUAAUAAGUAACAGGGGAAUACAACUUCUUCCUUAUAGUUUAGGUUGACCCACAAGUCAUAAUCAAACGAGCAAACCAUAAAAGAUUGAUGAUUACUGAAAUCAACUACCUCCAUAUAUAGCAAGCAAACAAAACAUAGUGAGAAAGCAUUUAAAACACUUCUACUGCAAUAGAGCCUUCGUUUUUUUUCCACCAGUAUAUUGAACGAGGAAAAACAUCAAAGACACUGCAUUUUAAACGAAAGAUUAAGUUAAAUUCAGAAUACAAAUUUCGAUUUUCAAUCGGUCGGAAAGUUUUGUGCGGAACGAUACUUCGAAUGCAGGACAUAAUAAUUUAAAGUUUAACGUGUUUGCGCAAACCAGCAAAUUCAUAGAUGAAAACCAUCCAAAUUUAUCGGUUCAAGAGCAAAGAGUGAGAAAUGUUUCGGAUUCAAAAAGAAAAAAAAAAAUAAAUCAGCAGAGCGAGAUGAUAACAACAACUUUUGGGCAAAGUGAAGAAAUCACUAUUUCGGUCGUAUCUAAAAAUCAAUCACAGAGAGAAGGAAUUUCAGGUCGAGGAAGAUAAAAAAGAAAUAACGUGAGUAAUAGAAUCGUAAGUAAAACAAAAAAUGAAGCGAGAAAAUCAAGUGCGAGCACUUUAAAAAUUUAAUUAUUAAGGACAACAGGUCGAAGAGUGCAGUGACGAAUCGAACUGGAUGUUCGAUUUUCGCGAGGGAAAGGCUUAACAAUCGUGAAAGGGAUAACCACCCGCAAAGUCUUGUGUAAAUAGGGAUAGUUUCUGCGAUAAAGCAAAAGAACGCGAAAGCAAACAACACAUAUUAACGGUCAUAACCAGACGGUAGAACGGAAUGUAACGCAAGAAACGCAAUGGAGAAGAGCAAGAAUAAGCUGCAAAUUACACAGUGAAGACAAAGCAAAUAGAAGCUAUAAAAUAGCUUGAAAAAUUGAAAUUUAAUAAAAUUAAAUUUGAAAAAGAAGCGAUGGAAUGGAUAUAGUGGAAGCAAAAUUAAGCAUAAUCGUAACAUGAAAUCUAAUGUCUAGAGUGUAAAACUUUUCGAUGAUGAAAAUUUAAGGUAACCAUAACCCUUUAGAGUUUAAAAUUACUGGAUGGAACUAUUAAUAUAACAUUGAGAUAACAAAAACAUAACUAUUACUAAAUCUUUCUUAAAAUUCAAAAAAGAAAAUGUAAAGUGGUGACAUAUAGUUCGAGCAGAAAUGUAAAUAAAGUGCUGGAGAAUGAAAUAAAUAUGAAAUACAUGUAAACAAAAGUUUAGGCUAAAUUCUGAGCAUACAAAUUGAAAUAGGUAAAGGUCAAAUGUUUGGAACCAACCCAAUGAAAAACAAGGAACUGGACGAGUUUGAGUUUAUUUUCGUUCGGACUCUGGAGAAAAGAAGAAAAACACUCUUUUUUGGCAACAAUUGUUUCGGCAUCAUAGUUAAGCUUAGUUAGAAAUGUUUAGGCAAAAAGUUCUCAAAAUUAAUUCAAAUUUUAAGCAAAAUUUUAAAUUGUAAAAGAAGUUUUCGUUGCUGUUUUUUGUUGGGCUAAAAAAAAAUUAAUACGAAAUUAGAGGGAAUCUUGAAACCUCGGUAAAGUCAAAAUUAUCAGAUUGAUUUAUGAUAUAGCGAAGAAGUACGAUAGAAACGACCAGCGACAGCAGUGUGGGCAGUGUCACCAAUUUACAUUGCACUAAAUAAUUGUCAAAAUUUACUAGCUAUAGUAACUAGUGUUCUCAAACGUGUUUCGGCAACUUUUCGGUCUUGGUAUAUUGUUUUUUUUUCGGCAUACAACAUACCCCACUAAACAGGCAGGCAUAAGAAACCGACAGAAGCAAGUAUGUUUUCAAGAGAGUUUUUUAAAUUACAAUUUUUCAGCUGCAAAACGAGCUUUCGCACUUCCGGCACUAGAAGUUCAAUUUCGGAGGUGUCGAAAGCUGAAGUUAUUCACACUUGAGGCCGUUUUUCGAGGAAGAAGAACGGAGAUGGUGGUUGUUUUUUUCUCCAAUUUGUCUUGGUUAAUUAUAAUUUUGUUUUUCGGUUUCGCUACUGUUACUUGUAAAACUUGCGUUAGAGUGCAAAGUGAAAAUCUAUUUGCAUAGAAGUGUAAAGUUUAGACAUGUAAAAGAAAAAAAAACUCAACUAGUCACACGUGCAACACACUCAGGUACAAUAAAAAAAACAACUAAGCGUUAAACAUUAAGAGUAAAAAUUUGCAAACAAGAUGCAAACAAAAAUACUUUAAAAGAAAGGGUAACCCUUUUAGAGAUACAUCUGUAACAAAGUUAAUUACGAUAACAGUAAUUUUUAAGUUUAGUUUUUCCAAUGAUUCAAUUUUUUUUUCGUGUCCAAUGGAUUAAGUUGAAUUGUGCAGGCUGGUUUUUCACUAGACAAUGUGUAAACGUAGAGAAGCCCAGAGAGAGAGAGAGAGAAAUAGGGAGAGAAAAAAAGAAAAUACUACAAAAAAAUCAAUCUUAAAAUAUAGUGAGGUAGUAAACUAAAAUUAAGACAUAAGCGAGGAAGGAUAUACUUAACAAACAAAAAUACGUAAAAGGCCGAUUUAGCUUUUUCAGACUAAAAAUGCAGUUGAUAUAGUCGAAAUUGACAAAAGAAAACUACACCCAAAUUUAUUACAAGACAAAAUUCCAACGCUGAGUUAGAUAUGGAAUAACCAUUUUUUGCGGCAAUCGAUUUUCGGAAUACUGAUUUUAGACAAGGAUUUUACGCUACAGAAUAUUCUUAAACCAUCGUAGUCAGACAGACUUCUGCUGCAAAUACUGCAAAUGAAAAAACCACUACGGGACUGCCAACAAGCGUUACCAGUUAUACGAGGCUCUUCAAGAGGCAAUUUUUCCUAAUCAAUAAACAGUUUUCCUCCCAACAGAAGCUAUAACAUUGAGGCUACCAAACGAAUGGAACCGCCAAAGUGCACCCACAGAGGCUUUGCAAAUGCAUUUUGUGCCAAUAUUGUCACUUGAAGGUGAACAUCUCGGAACGCUUGGCAGCAGUCCUGAUCCGGCUAACUCAUAAUAUUAAUGGUGGCAGUCGAACGGGAUAUCGGAAUCGAGCUCCUAGUUGGCGAGCCCUAGUAACUAAUAUGCAAUAAGCUAGUCUAAUUUUGUUUGAAAGAUACCUGAGGUGAACACCUCAAACAUCCCCCCCAGCACCCAUAAAACGAAAGACUCUGCCUGUACCGGGAAAGCUACAGUUGUGACGUGGAAUGGAUACUGAUAUGACGACCGCUGGAUGGUUCGACAGCUGUUGGUGCAAUCAAUAGAUAUAGCCGAAUGCUGUUUACACAUUGAUACCAAUCAAUGUACCGAUUGUCAAAGAUUUAUCAUCAACUACCAAGACUGCAGAUAACUGUUACCUCAUUUUAAAUAUAUACAAACAAUAGCUUUUACUUAAACUAGGUUGUAACUGAAAGUAAUCCAACCAAUGGCACCAAAAAUCUGUUUUCAGUGCAUGCAAUUAGCUGUCAACCGUGAGUUACUGGGUUGUCAAUUCCGUUAAAAUACUAUUGACCGUCAAAAACAGACAAGAUUUACUUGCAAUUGUCAUUCAAUUUUGAAUCUUUCAGUAUGAAUAAGAGUGAAUAUGUGUCAUUGCAGUGCCGGUCUUUUAAUUAUUGCUUAAUCAGUACCAGAGUUGUAAAACGCAAUUCAAUAACUGACUUGAACUGUCAAAAUCCAUCCUGUGGGUAUCAGAAUGAGUUUAACUGCUUACCACAGUAAAAUGACAACCCUAGUAUGAAACCAGAACCGUUGUAACGAAUUCGCUCCGCCUUACAAUCUUUCCGAACAGCACGGCAGAGUCCUUUCAACCAGCCUUAAUGAACUUAAAUAGUUUAAAUGGAUGAUACAUAGUGAAAAUAACAGUUGAACAUUAUAGUUAAGCUCAGUAUUCCUUGUUUUUAAUUUGUUCUUUUACCUUACCGAUCGAUCAGACCAAUCCACUCCCGAUCGUUCUAUCGAUGAAGGGUGUGGCAUGAUUUGCAAUAGUUACAGUAACGAAACAAAGAAGAGUACAGUUGACCGAUGAGAAAUAGUUUAGAUGGAAAAUAGACGAAUUAUUUAUUGAAUGUGAAAACUGCAUUUUUCUUCACAGAAUGGAAAACAGAAUCUACAAAGGCGAAAACUGAUAAAUAUUUACAAUAUUUCUAAUUACAAACAGAUAGAAUCAUAUACAAGAAACAGUUAACAGUACCCUUAUACAGUACUGACAAUAGUUCAUUUUCUGUACAAUAGUUAAACAAAAGCAAAUCAAAUCUACACAUGCAGCUUCCAUAUAUUCUUUAAACCGGUUGUUUGUUAUCCUCAAUAGACACGUGAACGGAUUAUGUUUUUUAGUAAACAAGUGCAACGCCAGACAUCAAGAACUCACAUACAUAAAUCAUACUCGCAGAAGUAAGGUCGAUUUGUGUCUACUUUGUCAGUUUGACAACUGUCAACAAAAAAUACACAAAAGAGAAAUACUUACUAUUGCCCCCAGCAAUAGUUCGGAAAUGAUGACGCAAACAGUAAAUAGUGAUGAUUUCUAUAAUAAUAGUUAAAAUAACGAGUAUUUAUUGUUAAUUCUAUGAGACAGACUCGGAUGAGCAACGAGUUAUUAAAUAUUUUGAAAUAGUUACAGAUCUGAGCUACUAAGCUAGCCCUUUUAGUUUUUACAUUCACGGAAUAGUAAAACCAAUAUAAAUGCAGUUUCAUUAUUUAUUUGUACAUAAGUAAACACAACAAAACACACACACACACCUAUACAAGCUACAAUUAACAAUAUACACACAGAAACAAUAAAUUAACAGCAACUAUUCUGAAUGACUUGGACUAACGAACUUUGGACUUCCCGUUGGACCUCAACACGAAUAUCCUACAUGCCCCCCUUAGCAUUUAAUUGUGUUGUUUCAUACAUUUCAUCGCAUGUGUACCGCGUAUUACUUAUACUAACAUUUCAGGCGUUGAGAAGAAGUUUGAUGGAACUAACAAAAAAAAGGUCUAGAAAUAGUAUCAAUCCCACCGUUUAAUUGAUAGUUGGAAUAGUUUAAAACGGAAAAUUUGUAUGUUACUUUUCUUCGGAGCAUGCUCAUCCUUGAAUGUGCGUUCGUCGAUUAUAUUUAGUAUUUACUUGACUUCAUUUCAUUUACCCUCGACCAGGAAAUUAUCCCACAGCAAACGAAAAUUAUUGAAAGAAAAAAAAGUUACACGACGCUCUCUUCUGAACUAUGGGAAAUUUGCGAACAACACAAUUAAAAGAAAACAGCAACCAGAAUCCUUUGUACUAGGAACAGGUACGCAAAAUAAACCCUACAGGACACGGAAUGCAUGAAUAGCGGAGUGAUUGUGGUCGUGAAGAAUUAUAUUCAAACAAACCCCCAGCAGAGACGGGUGAAUUAGUGCAGCAACAUUUUGUUUCAAACAACAAACGUUUUGGCCUCCUUACCUACUAAAUUUUACCGUUAAGUGAUUUACUAGAUUUUCUGGGUUUUGGGAUUUUUCUUUUUGGUUUAUUAGAUGUGACAAGUUAGAGUUUAGAACAUUUUUCUUCAUGACAGCUUUGGCUGGAGAAAAUGACAGACCCUCGAAAGUGGGUCAGCAAAGCACGAACCAGAUGUUACCAUAAUUUGCUUUAUAAUUUCGGUUGCUUUGACAGAACAGCAGAAAGCAUAUUUCCUGUAUAAAAGUAAACUUUCGUAGGUUUAAAAAUGCCCCGCCGUCAAGAGUUCACAAUCCGUACUACAUUUUUUAGGUUAGGUAACACUCUGAUGAGCAAACUUUUGUGAAAAAAUAUCAUGGAGUCUAAACUACAACUAUAUCGAGAGAAGAAAAAAAAUGAUAAAAACCAACAAAUAGUAUAUUUGAAGUAAGAAGGAACUAUGAGAAAAGCUAAAUAUUAUCAAUUGUGUGUGUUCAUAGGAAGCACGCUAGGUUUGUAAGUGAACGACUAUGAAAAAGCGGAGAAACGGCUGUAGUUUCUGGCUGUUUUCCUGCAUGGAUAACAAACAAAAAAAAACGAAAACUUUUUUCAUAAGUUAUUUUUAACAUUAUAUUUUAUUAAGUUUUUGUAAGUUUACCUUUUUUGUUUUUAAGUUUAUAAUUAGAUGGCUUAAGUUUUUUUUGUAAAUGUGUACAACUGAAUGAAAAAUCAAAGCAUUGGAAGCUAGGCCAUUGUUCGAUCCUCUGAUCCGAUGAUCUUUCCCAAGUGGCGGAUAAACACGUCCAGCUGAAUUGUUGAUGUAUCAUUUGGUUCCACAAAGUGUAUGCGAAACAAUUAAUACAUGAUUUUAUAACGUCAAUGAAAGAAAUAUAAAACAGAGAGUCAAAUAAUCAAAUAUGAUUGGUUUUGUUGUUUUAUUUUAUUGAAUUCGAGUUCGUUCGUUUUGAUUUCCCUAGGUUUUAUUCAUUGUUGAUUUUGCCUUUUCGUUCCAUGUUCACAGCUGCUAAAAGGAUUUUCAGUGUUUGGUUGGAUGAUUACACUAGCGCCAGUAGUGGAAAGCUAUGGUGGUUUGUGUCUUGGAUUGAAAACUGAGAACUCAUGUAUCGUUGAAUAUAGUUUCAAAACACGAUGAGAUGCAUAAUUUCCGUUUCCUAAACUCGAAAGCAUUGUUUUUAAAUACAUAUAUCAGAAAUAUUCUUUCCUGCAAGUACCGAUCUGAUCUGGUGAUCGAAAGUAGGAAAAGACAAACUCUUGCAGUUGUCACCUUUUAUGACAUGAAAGCAGGAACCCAGUGGAUCUAUUCUCAAUUAUUUUUUCCGUCGGAUUCUUCACGGCUUUUAGAUAGAAUAUAGGUACUAUCAAUCUCCUAGUGAAGCCCCUUCAAUACUCAUUACUAAUUACAUCAGGUUGAGGAAAAAGAAGUUCUUUAUUUCAAGAUGUCGAGGGCAUUUCUCAACAGUUACUAAGACUACACACUUAAAUUUUAUUGCUGAAUCUCGGCAAAGAAUGUCGAGAUUGGCACUGUCGUGUGCUCGGUAAUUCUCGGUUGAUUUUUCAUUAGGGCGUAUAAGCAAGUGACAGUUUCUCUUUAGUCACUCUCUCUUUCGAUUAUUGUGGUGUGAUUAAAAAGAUUUUCUUUGACAUCACUAUUCUGUUUGAAAGUCGAAAGUUUAGGGUAUCAUUUAAUGCAUAGAGUUGAGUGAUAAACGUGGAAACCGUUUGGUAAUUAAUAGAAGAGAAAGUAAACAAAGAGAAAUUUGCUCAUACGCACUUUUGAAAAAUUAACCGAAAAUUGUCUCGGCAAAACGUACAAUUAAUGAGAAUCUCGGUAAUCCCAAAUUUCGUAAUUGUCAGUAUUUUCUGAAGUUGUCAGCAAAAGAGUUGAUUGAUAAUGUUGGAGACAUAACUGGAUGACGCUAAUACGAAUAAAACUAACAUGUUUCUUCACACUUCUGAAUAGCUAAAAAAUCGUUCUAAUAAGUUGAUACAUUGUGUGAAUUAUGCAAGGUUUCAUUUCUUUACUUCCAGCAUUGCAACGGUGCACCUAUACUUAAGUACGACGAAUUCACGACACAUUAAUUUUAAUACAAAUUAAUAGGGCAGGGCAAAAGAAAGUAAAAAAUUGUUCGCUUGAAGAAGUACACAAGGCAUGCAUUAGAUUUUAAUUUCAAUGGAAGAAAAUAUUAAAAAAAUCUGAACUAAUCAAUUUACUGAUAUUAAAAGUCAUCCGCGCAGGCUAGAAUCAAUGAAACGUGUUUUAUAUCUACCCAGUUGAUAACGCGUAAUUUGAAAACUCGCUGCUUUCAAUAUUUCAAUGCUCAAUCGAAGUCGAUGUGCGUGAGAAUUGCUUAUGAAAGUUUUUUGGCAAAAUAAAUAAUUCAAAUUAAAAUGACUAAACAAAUUUUUUAGUUUGUUUUGUGAUUUCAGUGAAGCCGUUUUUCAACCAACCAUUUCAAAUGUUAUACCAUACUUGACGAAAAAUAUUUGUAGUCGUUGUGGUUUUACAAAAUGUACCCAUUGUAUUUUGUAAAAAUUUCUGUGACUAACUAAUGCAUAAAUUCAUAGUUGCCCUGAAGAUGAAGGUACAACCUUCGGAACGUUGGCCGUUUACGAAAAAUGAAUGUUUUAACGAGAAACUAAUUGGCCAAAAAGGGAUCUCUUGAUGUGAUAUAAUUUUGAGUUAUUUGUGGUUAUUUCAUACUGAAAAUUGUAUUUUAAAUUGCUCAUCAUAUUUCCGAUAGCAUGGAGCAAAAAAUAUGGUGAUCAUCGCAACUCGGAGGGAUCCAGUCUCCAGUGGUUGAUGAGUUGGAUCUUACAUAGGGAUUGUUCAGAUCCCAAGUAACAAUUCGAAUGCCUUAUGGUUUUGAUUAUAAUUUAUAGGAGUUUUGUAAUUGCUUGUUCAAUCACUACUUGUUUUAAAACAUCUAUAAUAAGUGUCGCUUUUGACAAGUAAUAUCAUAGUUUUUAAAGCUUCUAUAAAACCUUUUACCUAGACUAACAACUGGACUAAAAAUAAAUCAAUUUGUACUAGAAUAAAACCAUGCAAACGCUCUUAAUAUUGCUUUAAAAAUUUUUCUUUGAAACAUUAUUGUCAGUUAAAUUCUUUCAUAAAUCUAGUUUUGUGUGUGAGCGUGUUCAUUUAAUGACAGUUCCACUCAGAGCAAAUUUGUGGGUUCUAAAGUACAUUUAUGACAUUCUUGUUGUUGGCUAUUUGAUUCAUCGCUUCUUAGAUUAAGUGUAAUUUGCAUUAAAGAAAAUUUCAUGGCCGCCAUUAUGAUUUUCUUUGCCGUAGCCUUUAUUGACAUCAAAUAAACUUCGAAAUGCAAAACGAGGAAGUAUGAUGGACUUUUAUAAUUCAUUUUAAGAACGUAUGAACAAGUUUUACCGCCACGAAAUAGUGUUAUACAAAAAAGACGAUGAAUCACAGAAAAUAAUUUUCAUAAAUCAUGGAGACUUUUGCAAAAACCGUAUUUAUUUCAAGGCGAUUAGUUAUAAUUCUUAUUUUUAUCCAUACAUUCACGAUAAAAAUAAAAGCGCAUGAAGUUUUUACGUUCGGUUAAAGCCUCAAACUUGUAAAUAAAAUCCAAUGAAUUCUUACUGAUUGCAUUCAAAGCAGACAUGACAUAUAUAGUCAAGAAAAAUAUUAUCAAAACGACAGUUUAUUCAUAGUGGAAUUCAUUCCAUCCAAAUAAAUUUAAUGUUGAUCGUAAAGCUGGUUUCAAAAUUUUCUUGAAUUUGAAGUUUUAACGCAGCUUUAUGCUGAUUCUUCACUUUGCUUUAUAAACCUUAUGAAGAAUGGUCCACUUGGCAGGAACAUGCUCUUAUAGAGGUUUUCAGUAGGCUUUGGUGGACUUUAAAAUUUUAAUGCAAGAUUUAUUAUGUAGCAUUGAAGAUAGCUACAAGUAUUUAUUAAUAUUAAAAAUGUUACUUGGGAUGGCGUGGGUACUUCGAUGGUGGCCGUAUCCUUUUGUCCGUGGGAUGAAUCGAAACUUCCCAACCAAGCUGCUGGAAGUUCUGAAGAAUCACUAUAGGCUUGACAAAUUUUAGACAUUUCUGGUCAUUCGCUAGUUUCGAAUGGACAAGUUAUUGACGACUACUAACAUACCGGUUCAAUUAUCUCUUGGCCCUUCUAUGCGAGAUGCAUCUUCGACAUAAACCGACCAGACAAAGACCAUUUACAGUUUCAGACGUCUGGAUUGCAUUUUCGACCUUGUCAAACAAAAAUUGUUAAAUGUAUCGAAUCUUCUCUUUGUUGAUUUCCAUUUUCAACACCCUGUAACUCACUACUGAAUGUACUGAACCAAAAAUAUCAAAAGAUUUUUUCUAAUGCGAAAUGUCACCUUGACAACGUGCAUAAAUCUGGAAUUAUUUUAACGAUACUUCACGAAAUAUCGAUCACAACAGUCAUCAACUAAACAAUGUAAAAUAUAGAUUCUUUUUUGAAUAACCUAAUAUUUCAAUUUUGUGAAGGAAAAUUUGAGCGCAAGUAUUCUAACGAAUGGGAAAAUGGAAUCCUGUAAGAAGUCUUAAAAAAUCGUUUCAAAUCUUUUUACAUUGGCUUCGUGGCGUGUUUAGUUUUGGACGGUGUUGUAACGGCCAGUAAAAUAUCUGUCAAUAUGAACUUUACAAAAGGAAUGUUCGGUGCUUGCGGAUGGAAUGACUAGUACUUUACUCAUCAUCCAGAGCAUGAUCCUUGAAUCGAUUUUGAUCGAGCUCUGGAACAUUCAGAAGUGAGAGAGUACAAAUUCAGGACAUUUACAUCAAAGACUCGAAAUAUGUUCCUACAAAUUUAUGUAUGAGCAACAGCUAGUGAGGAAUAGCAUAUUGUUUGUUUUUAUUUGUUCGGUCUAUUCUUUGAUUUAGUAUAAUUAUUUGAUAUGAAAGUUUUUUUUUUCAUCCUAGUCAAAGCGUGACUGUCGGAAUGAAUGAAAGUGAUGGACCGAACAGACUGUACUCUACUGAUCUCGAACAGACAAAAGUGUUAGCCGUCCAUUUAAUAGUUAAGAAAACCAUGACCACUUCUAAACCGACUUCAGAAUCAUUUCAUUUCAUUUACACUCAUAACAUCAAACUGGAUUCAAGCAGCUAUUAAUGUAAAUAUUCAGUACACCAGGACACGAGUUAGUUCUUAUUACUGUGAGCCACAGUUGUAAGGUAAAGUAGCUUACACACCUCAACAAGUCAAUGUUAUAAUGUACAUAUAUAGACGCAUAUAGAGGGCGAGUGCAAAGGCAAACCAGCGGUAGAAUUGUUGAUUUGAUGAUAGUUCGAAAUCGAAUCGAGAAUUUCUCAACCGGUGUAGCUGCACGCGUGAGGAUCAAUGUGUUAGAUGCAGAAUAUACAUCCUUUAUGUAUAAUUAUCUGCGGCGUAGAAACGCUUGAGCUGUUCUAUAAACAAAACAAAAAUAAAAAACACGGAAAAAAUGUCAGCAAUACGAUCUCUACAUGAUAACUAAAAUUAACUCUAAAAAUUAAUCAUUACUAAAGUAAGACUUUGGCAAUGUUCUUACUAAAAACUACUUUUAGACGUAAUCACUAAGAAAAUAAAAAAAAAAACACAUAAAGUAUGACGAAGUUCAGAACCAUAUUGUAAUGACAAAAAAAGAAAAACGCAAUUUUGGACUAGUAUUUUAAUUUAUAUUUAUAUCGAAAUUAGAUUUUAGCGUUUAAAGUAACAAAAAAAAACUCCUUCGUAGAAGAUGGGCACCAUACCAGUUUGCAAGUAGAUUGCGUGAAAAUUCCCCAAAAGAAGAAUAAAAACAUUCAAGAGAUACGAUCAGAAAAAAGCAUACUACCAGUUCAAGAUAUAAAAAAAUGGUAUACCACAUGAAGAAUCAUAUGUUUAAAGGAUGAAACUAUUAUUAGUAACUAUCAUAAUGAAGAUGUGUGUAUCUGAGUAAUCCAAAACAAAAGAAAACAAAUUCAGAGGAAGGAAAAAAAAUUGAGAGUAAAAUUAACCCUUAGAUGUUUCGAUGUAGUUUGACAUACAAGAUGAUGAAAACGAAAAUAUGUGAAAAAAUUACAUUUAGGUAAGACUUUCUCCGUACAGUUCAGAUGAUUGUUUCAACAUGACCCUACACCGCCAUUGUGUUUAUACAUUCAGCAAAACGAUAAACACACUCCACACGGUCAAACAGUAAAAAUCUAAACCAACUCAUGUAAUGCUAUUUUUGUCGGUCGAGUUAAAUUACAGUCACGUGCAUAUGCAUACAACUUCACGCAGUUUUGAUUCAUAAUCGAAGAAUAAAGUACAAAAUUCUCUUGAAAGUAACAAAACAAGUAAGAAAAAAAGUGAGCAAAAUUUACACUAAUAAACAACACACUUUUCGGAAGUACAAAAUUUCAGGGUUCAAAUUAAAUCAAGCAUUAAAAUUAUAACAAACGCAGAAUAGAAAUCAUAAGCAAAGUACAUGAACGAAGUGUUACAAGAACAUGGGGCGGACGGAACAUCACUAAUAUUAUUACGUGAGAGCGGUGGCUUCCUACCGAUUUGGAUGAACAAAAAAAAACCAUAAAAGAAUGAUCCACAGUGAGGGUUAGGUUUGAGGCACGAAACGGUAACAGUCACAAAUGAGAAAGCUGGAAAAACAUACGUAAAUUUAAGAUUUAGAACAUUAAUAUUUGUAGGAAGAUCACGUAUUCAGUUGAAACUUUUCGGCAACUACUGAUACACACACAUACACUCACUCACAAACCAACACACAUUCACCAUGAAUUCCAAAUGAACACAAAUCAUUCGUCAGCAUUUAAGUAUCCAACUUCGGUAGCAUUCUUGAGUUUGAAUUUCGUCAGCAAAACCGAUGCAUAGUUUUUGGAAAUAAACGUCAUCGUAGAGAUCCGCGUUGAAACCAACAACGGCGAGAAGAUUUUCGAAUAGAACCCUAGAUUAGAUUGGUACUUUCAGUUUUCAAACCAUGGUCAUGGUCAUGAUCGCCGGCAAUCCACUGUUCGACACGGGACACUUCCGUUUGCUUGUUCCAUCCGGCACAACCGCAAUACAUUUUAAAAGUAUACUCAAAAUCCCUCUGUAUACGAGUAAUAAAACAAUAUAUUUCAUAUUGGAGAAUUCUUCGGGCCUUACAACACGAACGACACGGCGAUUGUUGCUCUGAGGUGGAACACCGCAAGCGUCCUGAUCAAUGUUUUCAGAAUGGAUUUCCCCGAUCAUCGUUGGCAUUGUAUAAUUAUAAUUUUUUUUAUGUAGAUAAAAAACAUGUUCACAAACGGUUGACUGCUGUGCUGCUACGACAAAAAGCAUGGGAAACAUGGAAACUCGUUAGUCGAGACACAGUCACCUUUUGUGAAAAAAUCUACUCGCACGCAAGAAAGUAGUUUCUUCUUUUUUGGUUUGAUGGCGCUGUCAGCGCAAGAAAGAUUUACGUUGAGUUCGUCAAUAAUUUCCAGCAUAAAUCUAUAUUUUUGAAACAUUAAUUUUAAUUUUAAAUUGAACUAUUAGACAUUGAUUAUUAUUGUGGAAUAAUAUUUAUGAUAUCUGUGAUUUUAAAAUACAAUGUAAUUAAAUAGUAAUAGCAAGAAUGGAAACUAAACGAAAAUAAAGAUUAAAUACAAGCAGCUUACUGAUGAGAAAAGUCACACGAUCGAUCAUCGUAAUUUGUGUAGAGGGAAUGUAUUCAGUUCAUGCAAUUUCGGUAUACUCACGAACAAAACCUAAAACGAAGACGAGCAAAAAAAAAACUAUUCACACUUUCACAUGGCAUCGUUUGAUUAUUCGAUCAAAAUUACGAAUUCAUAUAUUUAUUAUAUUGAGACACGGCAUCACUAAAUGCUUUUAUGAAAAAAAAAAAAUCAACUACAUCCAAAGCAUGUAUUUUAAGUCUACAUAUUUUCACGGCAAAAUAUAUUUCACACAGAUGAUCGUACCAGAAAAGGAAACGCAAGUAAUAUACGAAUGCAAGAAGGAUUGAAGCAAAUCCUAAUUUACAAAAGUCUCUUGGCAACACACAAAGAAAAAUGAAAAAAAAAAACAAAUCACUGACAAACACUGAUUCCGUAUAAGUAAGUGAAAAGUGGAUGCAAAUAAUAAAUGAACAAAAAGUGGAUAUGAUAAUUUAUAUAAGAAUAUUAUAAAAAUAAAAAUUAAU